AUGACCCGGACUCGCAGCUCUACUACUCCAGUGAAGAAGAAAGAGAUGCCAAAGCGCGUUGAGAGCGCGUAUUUUAAGAAGGGCGGGGCGGGGAAGCGAACUUCGAUUGGGGGCUCUACUAGGCCUGCCAAACGCGCGAAGGUGAUGAAGGACGAGGAAGAGGAAGAAGAAGACGAAAGCGAGCCUGCAACAGAGUCUGAUGACGAUGGGGAUAAUGAGGACAACUACAAGGAUGGACAUGAAGACGAAGAUGAUGAAGAGACUGCGUUGAGUGAUGCUCUCGAUGACUCAGACUUCGAGGAGAAGGCUGCGCGUAAAGCGAAGAAGAGCAAGCCAAAAGCGAAUGGAAAUCGGAGUCCAGCAAAGUCAUCGCCUGUCAAAGGGAGAAAUUCGGAGAAGUUAGAUGGAUUGGAGGUCGUUGGUGAGGUGGUGGAAGCGCCGAAGACAGGCCGAGUACUGCCCGGGUUGAUAUCCCAGAACACGUUGGACUUCUUGGCGCAUAUGAAAGAUCCAAAAUGUAAUGACCGAGAAUGGUUCCGACUACACGAACCGGUCUACAGGUUGGCAGAGAAAGAAUGGAAAGACUUUAUGGAGAAGUUGCUCGAGAGAGUGAGCGAGGUGGACGACGAAGUUCCGCCUCUUCCGCCGAAAGACGUCAUCCACCGCAUCUACCGUGACAUCCGUUUCAGCAACGAUAAGACACCGUAUAAGGUGGGCUUCUCGGCUACCUUCUCAAGGAGCGGGAGGAAGGGGAUCUUCGCGAAGUACCACAUUCACAUUCAGCCCGGUGGUAAUAGCAUGAUCGCCUGUGGGUCAUGGUGUCCUGGCAAAAAUGAACUCGACUCGAUCCGCCACCAUAUCAAGCACAACCCAUCCCAACUGAGGCAGAUCAUCUCCUCCAAGGCGUUUGUCAAGCAUUUCGGACCACCGAAACCAGAUCCGAAAGGGAGGAGGCAGAAUGUGUUCGGGAGGGAGGACGAAUUGAAGACUGCGCCGAAAGGGGUAGACAAGAAUCAUAAGGAUAUCGAUUUGCUGAAACUGCGGAGCAUCGCAGUCCACAAGUUGUUCACUGACAAAGAAGUCCUUGAUAAGAAGUUCAUAGACAACAUUUGCGAAGUCGUAGCAGAGAUGAGACCGUUUGUCCACUGUUUGAAUGAUUACUUGACAAUUCCGGUAGAAAGCGAUGAAGACGAAGACGAAGAUGAGGAGUGA